AAAAAAAAUUUAGGGUUUUUUUUUUUCAACACUCUUCUUCCCAAUUCUCAAAAGUCCUCUGAAAAUGUUUCUUAAAACUUCACUUGUUUCUUCAAAAUCAUCUUUCAAUGUUAGAUUUUCAUCUUCAUCUAUUCUUUCUUCACUUUCCCAAAAUCAACACACCAAAUCACCACCCAAACACAUCUCCACUCUUAAGCACCAUUCUCAACUUUAUAAUUUCCUUCGUGUAAACUGCAGGUCAGGUAACUUUUCUCUUGAUGAAGCUUUUGAUUCCUUCAAUUAUAUGAUUCAUAUGCACCCAACUCCUGCUAUGUCUUCCUUCAGUAUUUUGUUUUCUGCACUUGUUAAGAAAAAACAUUUUGAUCAACUUCUUGUGAUGUACACGAGAUUCAUUUCAGCUGGGUUGUUGCCGGAUUUCUUUAUUUUGAAUAUUUUAAUUGAUUGCUUAAGCAAAAUGGCACGCGAUUCUGAUGGUUUUGUAGUUCUUGGGAGUAUUCUUAGGAGGGGUUUUCACCCAAACGCUUCGACUUUUAACAGGCUGAUUAAUGGUCUUUGUAUGGCGGGCAAGAUUAAGAAGGCCAUUGAAUUUUUUAGGAAAAUGGUUUCGGUUGGUUGUAGACCGGAUGUGGUUACAGUUGGGACUUUGAUUACUGGGUUGUGUAGAACUGGUAAUGUCACUGUUGCGCUUCAGUUGUUUGAAGAAAUGAAUAAAGGGAAUGGUGAAUUUGGUGUCAUUUGUAAGCCUAAUAUUGUUUGCUAUACUACAAUUAUUGAUGGUCUUUGCAAAUAUGGGUUAGUAGACAAGGCAAAGAAACUGUUUUCAGAAAUGAAGACCAAGGGCAUUAAUCCAAACGUGAUUACUUACACCACUCUAAUUUAUGGUUUGUGUAAUACAUCUAAUUGGGAGGAGGCUAAAACUUUGUUUAUAGAGAUGUUGGAGGAAGGUGUAAAACCUAAUGUGGUGACAUUUAACGUGGUAAUUGAUAAGCUCUGUAUCAAUGGAAAGAUGGACGAAGCCAAUGGGUUGUUCCAACUAAUGAUUAAUAGAGGUGUUUGUCCCAACACAAUAACUUAUAACACACUUUUGAGUGGUUUUUGCUUGGCAGGUCAAAUUGAUGAUGCUAGAAGGCUAUUUGAUUCCAUGGCAAGUAUGGGGUGUAAGCCUGAUGUUUUUAGCUACAAUAUUUUGAUGGAUGGUUUAUGCUUGACAAAUAAAAUUGAUGAUGCUAAGUUAGUUUUAGCCUCAAUAUUGAGUAUGGGAUGCACACCUGAUGUAGUUAGCUUUAAUACUCUGAUCAAUUGGUAUUGCAAGAAUAAAAAAAUUGAUGAAGCCUUGAAUCUUUAUGAGGAAAUGACUUCAGGGGGAGUUAGGCCAGAUGUUGUUACUUAUAGUACCUUGCUAUCUGGGUUUUUUAUGAACGGUAAUGUCGGACAUGCAAAAAAGCUAUUUGGUAAGAUGCAACUUAGUAAUUUGCCUCCCGAUUUAUUUACGUAUAAUAUUCUUAUUGAUGGGUAUUGCAAAAAUGGUUGUGUUUUGGAGGCUGUUGAACUGUUCCAUACUUUAAUAAAUCGAAACAUUCAACCUAACAUCACAACUUUCAAUUGUCUCAUUAAUGGGUUGUGCAAAACAGGGAGACUCAAUAUUGCUUGGGAAAUGUUCAAUGGAUUUUGUAAGGAAGGAAAGUUAGAAAUGGCAAGUAAAUGGUUCUCAGAUACGGAGCAAAAUGGUGUUGCGCCAGAUUUGGUCACUUUCAAAACGCUUAUGUCUGGAUUCUUGCAGAAUAAUGAGACUUUUAAAGUGGCGGAACUUCUUCACAAAAUGAAAGAGAGAAAUGUGAAACCAGAUGCAUCCAUAGGUUCAAUAAUAUUAGAUUUACUGGGAAAGCAUGAAGAUUAUCGUGAAGAAAAUACUGACGAAGAUGCUCUUAAGGUUGUAGAUGGUUUAGCACCUAAGGCCACUGAUCAAAAUGAUGCUAUUGAGAAAUGGAAUCUUUAUUUCUUUGGAAAGAUGAAUCCCCUUGAUGAAGCCUCUAGUAAGAAGUUGGUGGUAGCUGAUGCUAAGUUGAACUUCGAUGAUGAUGCUGCUUUCCUGGUAGAAGGGUAUCUCACUUGUGAUCCAUCACUAGAGGGUCCUUGA